CGGAGUCGGAUGUCGGUUAGAGUGGCUGCGAUGGUGUUUUUAGAGAGGAAUAGAAUUCAACCGGUACCUAGAGACGUAGUAGGCCAUCGUCUCCGGUGCGAAAGCGAUGUGAUAGAACCUCGAUAGUGGGGCUAAAUUUUAAAACUUGAACGAAGACUCAGACUUAGUGCGACGAGUGAGUCUCGACCUGAAGCAGCUUCAACCGCAGUGGCAUUCCUCUUAUUCGUUUUCUCGAUCGUUAUCAGUCAAAAAUGUCGCUGACUCUGGACACCUGCAGCAUGGACGAAUUGUGCGUCGCGAUGGGGGGAAGUGAAACAUUGUUGAUCGAAUAUUGUGACAAACUUCAAGACUGGUUGAAGUUGCAACCGCAUCUUCCUCACGAUGCGCCGAGGAAGCGACUGGAAUGGCUUAUUAUAGGCAGUAAGAUGAGCCUGGAGAAGGCGAAGCAGAAACUGGACAUGUACUACACGAUUCGACACUUGGUGCCGGAACUAUUCAAGAACAGAGAUCCACGAGAUUCUAGUAUAAAUGUCUUGCACGAUGUAACGCAGUACGUGAUUCUGCCCAAAUUGACUCCUGAGAACCGCAGAAUUUGCAUUCUUCAACCCACCGUUAAUGAUGCUAGUAAAUUUGAUCCCUGGCUGCUACACAAAUACAUGUUCAUGGUUGGCGAUAUCCGAAUGAUUGAGGACCGCAGUGCCGGUGACAUAUACGUCUACGAUCUGGAGAUGAUAAGUCUAGGUCACAUUAUGAAGCUCACCCCCACUCUUUUAAAAAAGUGUGAAGUAGCAGCUUCGAAAGCCUACGCGGCAAGGAUAAAGAGCAUUCACUUAAUCAACGCUCCCCCCUUCGUCGACCGUAUUGUUACCAUGAUCAAGUCCGUGUUGAAACCUAAGCUCGCUGCUAGGGUGCACGUUCACGCGGUCGGCGAUUUGGAAUCGUUUCAUCGGCUGGUACCUAAAUCAAUACUACCGAAGGAUUACGGUGGAAGCUACUCAACUAUAAAAGAGUUAUCUGGUUUGUUACGUAAGAAGGUGGACGACUAUCGGGACUGGUUUUUGGAGCAAGAAAAUGUUUUUGCGGACGAACGACUGCGCCCUGGUCCAACUUUUGACGAGAACGACAUCUUCGGGUUUUCUGGAUCAUUUAGGAAGCUAUCUGUUGAUUAGUGUAAGCCUAUCAUUCUAUCAUA